UCACGAUCUAUAUCUAUUCCCCGAAAGUUUCUUUUGCUGAUGUGGAUCCGGCAUGUCGCAGGAGCAUGCAUUUUUCGCGAUUGUUUUUUUCCUCGCAACCGCAAGUCCCCAUGCAUACUUGAUCUGGCUUAACUUGAUCACUCAAAAGAUACAAGAAACAAUCCGAACAAAAGCGCUCAGAUCCAAACACGGGUCCCACAGUUGGAACGCCACGGCAGAGACUGUGGGAGUGGUGCUCGUCACGUUUAGAAAAUACUUUAAACACAAGUCUUUUUUUCCGGAAAUCGAUUCCCACCUCCAGGCGACCAUACUCAGAAAUAUUUUCCCAGACAAAGCACCAUAAAGAACGCCUGUCGCUAUAAUUCCUGUUGAACUCUUCCUCUUCGUAAAUGCGGCUCCUUUUUGCAACUUUUUACUAGCUACCCGACCUAGUAUUUAGAACGAGAAGCAUCGUAAUAUCACACGGUACAGUCGUCCCAGCUAGGAGAAGCCACGACACAUUUAAACCAGCUGCGCAUCGGCGCCUGCUUUUGCGCUGAUGCUGUCUGGCGGUGUCAGAGAAGAUCUUCAAACGCGAGGGAGUAUUAGACAGCAUCCCCCGGCUGCCGCUGCUGCCUCAUGUCGGGUAUGAACGAACAGGACAUGCGAAAUGUCGUCAACGCCUGCGCUGCACUGUAUGGCGGAGACAAGGAUGCGAAUAAGAUCAAGGAGGCAAACACUUUCCUCACGGAGUGGCAAUGCGCCGAAUCGGCCUGGGCCACGGCGAGCGAAAUAUUGUCUCGAGCAAACCUCGACGACACGGCGCCGACAAAUGUGGCGACAGUGUAUAAGAAUAGUAUAUGUUUCGUAAGUUAAAGUUAUGAUUUUUGAUUUUCUUGUGCAAGUUCAUGUUCAAUCAACACACUCUAGUCCAGUCGACCAUGUUGAUAUCGCUACAACAGGCUGCAUUCAGAAUGAAAACGGUUUCUGAACAAGAUGAAAAUUGAUUUGUCGAAACAAAAAAACCAGAUCUUUUGCAGCACAGACGCUCCGGACCAAAAUCUUGUACGACGUCAACGACUUGUCGACCCAGGAGCAGAUGACAUAUCUUCGCACCGCGCUCUUCCAGAGCAUGGCGCGAUUGCGGGAUCGAGCGCCCUUUGGAAGCGCCCUGACGCAACUGUGCCUCGCGCUGUGCGGUCUGGCGAUUCACAUGGACGAAUUUUGGCCGGAUUUGAUUCAGUCACUGUUUCGAGAUCUAGGCGCGCAGACAGCGAACUAUGUCAUUCUGCUGGACUUGCUGCGCUUCAUGCCGGAAGAAAACAAGAACAAGCGACUUCUGACGGAUUCGGAGAAAAGAAAGAGAAACAGGAGGAGGCUACACGAAAGCAUGCCUCAAGUCUUUCAGUUCCUGCAGACGAUAGAGUACUCUUCACCUCUGUUUUUUUCAGCUGCUGUUUUGGUUCCAGAUUCACAGCACUUUCCUUGUACACAUACUUACACGCCGGGGCGAAAGAACAUACAUUCAUUAUUUUGUCAACAACACGGGUAUAAUUGACUUCAAAAACAGGAUGCCGACCACCGCAGCCAAGGUGAAAGUGCUCGAGUGUUUCUCCGCGUGGACCAAAUUUAGCGACGACCCUGCGGACCUGUUUUCCGGCAGCAAUAGCCUUUUGGUGCCCUGUUUUUCCUACCUCGGCGACCCCGAGCUCGGGUCGGUUGCUAGCGACGUCAUCGUCGAGGGGCUCGACCUAUUUCGGGAAAAGGAUCUGCAGCAGGCGCUGGCGCAGGAAGGUAGCCGGGAGGCGGCGUGUGUGGCACCCAUUAUGAGCUCGGUGCUCAACCUGCGGCCGCAGUUCGAAGCGGCGCUCAGCGCCAGCGACCCCAGUAUCGGCGACCAGGAUGACGUGCUCCGCCGGUUCAUCCGCGUCAUUGCGACGGCGGGCGAGGCUUUGGUGCAGGUAAUCGCCCGAAACCCCGCCCAGUACAACCAGUUUCUGGAGCUGCUGGUGCUGUGCCUGAAGGUCCCGGUCCCGCACCUGGCAAACAUCGUCGUGGACUUUUGGCUCACCCUGACGGACACGUUCGCAGGGGCGACCUCUAACAGUUACGAGAUGCAGCCGCCGCAAAGCGCAUCCACAAUUGAGCAGACGGAAAAGCUCUACAAGCACCUGUUCGGCGUCUUGCUCGAGGUAGAAAGGGUUGGUUUUGAAAGAAAUUCAUACUGAUGCAUUUGUCUUUCGGCACGACGUUUUUCUUUUUACUUUUAGAUGCUAUAGUUUGUUUGCUUCCUCGUGGAGUGCUUCUUCAGCAAGUCCACUUCUAAGAGAAAUCAAUGCGACGACAUCAGGUGAGCAUCGUGCCCCACCAAGACAUCAAGAAUCCCUUCGAGGACGCGGACGAGGAUUGGGAGCGGUUCCGGUGGGAAGGCGUACGGUCGUAUCAAAUGCAAAAAUGUCUGGGUCUGGAAGAUUAAAACUUGUCAUGCUAAAUCCGAGUAAAAUGCAAAAAUCUGUGUUGCAUGAGUGCCAAAAGCUGUCCACUUUCGACCAACUUGGGAGGUAGUUUCUCAUGCGGGAUAGGCAUGGCAGAGACCUCACAGACUCUGUCAUGCUCGGCGCCGCAUUCCAGACCUCAUUGGUCAUGGAAAAUUUGCAUGACAAAUCUCGCAAUCUUCCAGACCCAGACAUUUUUACAUUUGAUAGGUCGCUCGGCAGCACGAUCACCGAAUACGAACUGGUGCGGCGCGGCGAAGUCUUCCAGCUCCUCGUCCAGAGUCUGAAGCAGGAAAGCGCACGGCUGGCCCCGGCCGGCGUGUCCGGCGGCGGCGGGUCCUCGUCGAGCACGGCGCCCAAUGGUGCGUCAAGAGAUCAGGUACAUCUGAAGCUGGAGGCCCACUUCUUCCUGCUUCAAGUGGUCGCGAUGUGCUUCCACAUCGACCCGGAGCACUCCGCCUACCCCGCGAUGAUAGAGUUGCUCACCUUUCUGCCGAACCUCAUCCAAAGCGAACCCGCGCAAACCGACAACAGGUAAUAUCCAGCAUAACGGUUGCAGUCACUAUGAGUUGGCUUUGUCUCCUGUUAAUGUAGCAUAAGAAUCAUUGUGCAUCAUGCGGGUAGUUGACGGCCAUCACUAUCAUCCUGGCACCACGGUAAAGUCUUAUAGUGGGAUAAGUACAUCCGCGAUAAUGAUAAGUAAUUUUUUUCCUCAUCUCUACGCAACCACGGAUUGAAAAAACCCCGACAGGUACUACCUGGAAUUUUGCCAGCACUCCGCCCUCGGCUUGAUUGACACCAUGGCCGGCAAUCUCGGGGACGUAAGCGAGGAGUUGAUGCAGGCGAACCUGAAUUGUGUUUGCCAGGUCCUGCUCGCCGACGGCGCGAAGAAGUCCAAGGACAAGCAGCGGGCUGCCGGGUACGCCUUUUCCCGAAUAUGUAACCGCCACCGAUCGAAUUUGGUCAAAUACCUCCCGCAGCUCCUUUCGGUGUACGGCAAUUCGCUGGAGCUGCUCCCCCUGAAAAUCCACCUGGAGGUGACCCGCGGGCUCACCGAAGUGCUCAUGGAGCUCGAGGACCUGCACACGUUUCGCGAGGCGCUGGAAAAGAUGAUAGUACCGCUGGUGAACGGUCUUCGGCACGAGAACGUCACGCCCCCGCAACUCGGCGAGAUCGUGGACCGAUUGGUCAUGCUCAUGGACCACACGGACAUGGAGCGCAUGCACGCGAUGCCCGGCUUCGCCGAGGCGUUGGGGGGCGCGUUUUUGACGACCUUGUAUCCAACCGUGAACCGCAUCUGCCACAACCACCCGACGGAGGAGGAUUUGAUCGAAAAGAUCACGCGAUUCCAGAAGCACGCGCUCCGAAAGAUGCCCCGGGUCUUCAAGCAGGUGCUGCCCACGUACAUCGAGACCAUCACGGUUUGCUUCGAAAAGAAGCUGCUGAGCUCCUGGCUGUACGCCUCCGAGUACGUGGUUUCGGAGUACGGAAACGACCCGGAAGUGUUGCCCGCCCUGGCGCAGCUGUUCGAGCGCAUGGGCAAAGCCGCCCUGCCCGCGUUGAUGGCCAUGCGCGACGACGAUCUGAACGCGGAACUCAUAGAAGACUUCUACGGCAUGUACGGAAGGUACGCGAAAUGCGCGCCAGCGGUGGUGUACAACAGCGAAACGCUCAAGCCGUCACUAGACCUGCUACCGAAGUGCUUGCUGGUACUAUGUAUGAUCAAGAUGGAUUGAAGUCAUGAACAAUUGCUGCUCUUCGAUUCCACAUUAGCAUGACGAUCGCACUACACUUUAUUGUCAGUUACAAGAAAGUACUAUAUUCUCAUUGUAACUACUGAAACGGAGCAUGAAUACACUCGAUAAAGAAUUUGACCAGACCACUGACCACCUCUUUUCAGGUUACGUACCACAAUGCGUUGGAGUCGCAGCUCGGGUUUCUCGAGAAUAUGCUCCGGGAGAAGAAUUUUCAGGUGACCACCAGCGGUCCGCUGAAUCCCAUGUUGAUGAACCACCCGGGUUCGCCGCAGCCUCCCGGUCCCGCGAUGCUGCCCGGACAAUUUCUUCUGCAGUGCUACGGGCAGCAGGUCAUUCUGUCCAUGCUGCGGUGCGCGGUCAUCAACAACAGCGAGCGCAUACGGGACGCGUGGCCGACUUUUCUGACGGAGCUGCGGUUCGGGGCCCAGGAAUAUCAGAUGGACCAGCAGUACCGAGAUUGGCUGGCCCACGGCAUUGACUCGGUGCUGCCAUGGCGCAAGUUCGCUAGCGAAAAAGAGGUCACGAACUGGCUUCACGCGCUGCAAUGGAGAAACAUCGACCCCAAUGAUCAGUACUCGAGGCACGGCAAGGACAAUGCGGAAAAGGCCUGGAAACAGAUUUGGUUCCGAAUCGGCCAGCUGCAGGCUAGGAGGAAAAAAUAGUCCUGGCUACAAUGAUUCGUUAGUCCGCAGCGAAGGUAGCUGAUAUUGUUCUGGCGCCCGACGCUCCACAUUUGAUCGUGGUGAAGAUGCUAAGCCGUACAGCGUAGCGACGCAGUUGUAGCGACAGAGGCUGUGCUUUAUCCUCAAGCGCGCAUUGAAAAUGAAAUAAGACGUAUCCUUAGCUUAAUCUCUAAUUUCAACAUCUUUCUACUUUCCAAUCUCUUACUCUUUUAUCUCUUUCUCAUAUCUAUGCGACUUCACUAUUGCAGCAGUCUAGCGACUCUCGAACUCGCUUGCUGGACAGCCUCCGGUUGGGUUCGAUCCUAUGGUUGCAAUUCUUGCAACUAAGUACGUUCCUCCUGAACGCAUUGCAAUAUCAGUCGUGCGCAGCAAUGGCAAGAUUAGUUGUUUAAAUCUAACGAGUACGUAGCGACGCGACUCUGCUUUUGGUACAGAAAAUACGCAAAGAGGUCAAUCACUGUCACGGUAAUGUUGACAAUCAUGUCAU